CUCCCACCUCCCACCUCCCACCUCCCAACUUUUACAUCAGAACCCUCAUCUCCCUCUUAUAUCAAAACAGUAUACAAUUUACACUUUCAAUCUUCAAAUAAAUUCAUAAUGACCACCACCACCGCCACCGAGAAGCCUUCCUACCUCAUCUGGGGUGGCGCAGGAUGGGUUGCCGGUCACCUCAAGACUCUCCUCGAGAGCCAAGGCAAGACUGUUGCUACCACCACUGUCCGCAUGCAAAACCGUGAGGCUGUCAUUGCUGAGCUCCAGAGAGUCAAGCCAACCCACGUUCUCAACUGUGCUGGCUGCACUGGUCGCCCCAAUGUCGAUUGGUGUGAGGACAACAAGGAGGAUACCAUCCGCAGCAAUGUCAUCGGCACCUUGAACUUGGCCGAUUGCUGUUUCCUCGAGAAGAUCCACUUGACUGUUUUCGCCACCGGAUGCAUCUACACAUACGAUGAGAAGCACCCCAUUGGCGGGCCAGGAUACCUCGAGACUGACAAGGCCAACUUCGAUGGCUCUUUCUACUCCGAGACCAAGGCCCACGUUGAGGAGAUCAUGAAAACCUACCCAAAUGUCCUCAUCCUGAGACUGAGAAUGCCCGUCAGCGACGACCUCCACAGCCGUAACUUCGUCACCAAGAUCUCCAAGUACGAGCGCGUCGUUGAUAUCCCUAACUCCAACACUCUCCUCCACGACCUGCUCCCAGCCUCCAUCCUCCUUGCCGAGCACCAGGAGACUGGCAUCUACAACUUCACCAACCCCGGCGCCAUCUCCCACAACGAGGUCCUUAGCCUUUUCAAGCAAUACGUCCGCCCAGAUUUCACCUGGAAGAACUUCUCCCUGGAGGAGCAAGCAAAGGUUAUCAAGGCCGGACGCAGCAACUGCAAGCUUGAUACCACCAAGCUGAUCACCAAGCUUAAGGAGUACAACUUCGAGGUCCCAGAGGUGCACGAGGCGUACGCACAGUGCUUCCAGCGCAUGGCCAAGGCUGGCGUGCAGUAGAGGGAGACAAAUGAACAGCUGGGAAAAACUGACUUAAUUGGUUCCGCCUCGGAGUUUAUUGAUCAAAAGCUCUAUCGAUGUCUCCUACUUUUGUAGCUAGAAUAAUCCGACUUUACCAUCCCAAGCAAACACGGGCUGAAUGUUACUUUGGACUAUCUCUCCCGACCAACACCUCUCCUUAGCAGGCUGCCUCUCUUUGUUCAUCUUCGUUGCUUUUAGACUGGAGGAUUGUUGAUUGUGAUGAUCAUCAGGCGAUAUCUCGUCAUCUGCACUAUCAUCCGUCUCGUUGCCCUGUCCCUCCUUUCCCACAUCCCCGUUCCAAUUUUUUUGCGUACUUGCUCAUCACUCAUAACUCGCGUCAUGACGAUGAAUGUGAAUCGGAGAGGCACGUGUCGUUCCACGGCUUUGGCAAAAUCCAGACAGCCCCUGCAAGGAGCACGAUCUACGUAGAUUGUGCGCUUGAUGAGAGGCUCCGUGGGCACAAGGUGCCUUGAAGACUGGUGUCGAGCGCAACAACAACGAGCUGCUUUUCAACAUGUGAGAAGCAAACCUGGCCAAGAGGGUUUUCUUUGUCGUAGUUGUGAUAUCUUGGCUCCAGGCCGAGAUGUGCAGACAAUUCUCUGACCUUAUCCGUAUAGUUCCUAUUAUUAAUUAUACUCAAAUCUUGCCAGCG